AUGGAAGGUCCACAUUAUUACCAACAGAAUGAGACGCUAGAGUAUUACAAGGUUGAGAUAAAACAAAUCCUAUACCACUUGGCGGUGGUGCUGAGAGAGCCGUAUAACAACCGCGAGCUAGAGGCCACGGCGGUGAGGAAGGUCAGGGUGUACUCAACCCUAUUCUUCAUUAUUUCUCUGAUGUUUGUGUCGGCGGGAGGAAUAUCAGCUAUUCACAAAGUCGUUACUGCAGGAGAAAUAUUCUGCCCGGUGAUACCAGCUUGGCCGAGCUUGAGCGAUACCUCGUUGCUAUCACUUGUGAUAAGGAUUAUCUUCUAUAUCUUCUGGUUGAUGUACGAUGUCAGAGUCAUGGCCAUGUUCACACUACUCCUAUCUAUGUUAGUAAUGAUUUUCUACCAGUUCAAGAACCUACAAUGCUAUUUCUAUAGUCUUGACAAAAUAUUUCUGGAGGAAAACCUGAGUCAACGAGAGAAAGAACUUAAAUAUGAGAAUGCGUUUAAACUGGGAAUAUACAUGCAUGCAGAAACUCUGUGGGUCAAAAAACAAAAUCAGCAUGUCUGCGAAUGGAUAUUUGCAUCAGAGGUCACGAUGUCCUUCAUUGGGCUCAUGGUGCAGCUUAUAACUAUUGUGAGUGGUAAACGCGAUGUUAGUACGGUAGGGACAACGUUCUCAAUGAUUAUGUUAACUCUGAUAAGCCUCGCAUUCUUCAUGUGGAACGGCGGAGACAUUACGAUAGAGGCGUUAAAGGUGUCGGAUGCAAUGUACUUCUCCGGCUGGGAGAACUGCUCCGGGCAGUCGUCAGCGCGCGUCAGGAAACUGGUCGCGUGUGCAAUUAGACAGGCUCAGGAACCGGUUGUUUACAAAACUUUAGGCGUCGUUGAAUUUUCAUACGACGCUUAUGUGAAAAUAAGCAAAUUGCCGUACACAGUAGUAUCAAUGUUUUAUUAAAUAAUUCUUCUGACUAUUUAGCAUCACAAAGCUUAGGCCUACCCAUAAUUAAGAUAGAACUCAGGUGUUUUAUUUUAGAUGAUAUUUUUCUCUUGUUAUAUUUGCACAAAGUCAUUGCAAGAAAGUAAGUGAUUCCCUGGGAACUCACCGAUGUAUUAAUUACAAAUGUGUAAACAUUGUCAGUAAAUACCUACUUUAUGUUUUAUUAUAAGCUUUCGUGAGAAUGUUUACUUAGAAGUGAAUACCGUUAAACAUGUGUUACUAAUUAUACUUAUAUUUCUUUGUUAUUGCACAGUUACAUUAUUAUAGUACAAGUGGAGGAAACUAACGACAGACACACGCACUAGCACAUAUCAAUAAAUUAUUUAUCACUGAAAUGUGUUUUUUAUUUAUGUUUCGACCUUAAUCUUAACUAUCAUACGUGUAAGUGAAAGUGUAGAAUGCUUAAAAUGGUGCCGUACAAGUAGAAAGA